UCACUUGAGGCUUCCUUCGGGUUUCACAGAGAAAAUCUUAUCCAAGAGAAAUGGACGCGACUGCGGUUGUUGGCGGCGGUGAUCAGGUGAGUGGUGGUACAGGGAAGGACGGUGCAGAGAGGAGGAUCGAGAUGAAAGUGGUGGUGGCAAUCGACGACAGUGAUGGUAGCUUCUAUGCUCUUAAGUGGGCCCUGGAUAACCUCUUUGUCCCCAUGGCCACUCCUGAAGCCACCCUUGCGAGUGGGGGUAUGGUGUUCCUGGUUCACGUGCACCCCAAGUUGUUCGAAUAUGGAUAUCCCGUUGAAGCCGUAUUUCAUACGACGGCGGCGGCACUGGAUUCCGUGAAGAGAGCUCAGGAAGAAGCGUCUGGAGCCAUACUGUGUCGGGCAUUACAGAUGUGCAAGGAUAAACUGGUGAAAGCAGAGACUAUGAUUCUGAGAGGGGACCCGAGGGAAAUGAUCUGUCAUGCCGCGGAACAAGUGCAUGCUGAUCUCCUCGUUGUGGGCAGCCGUGGACUCGGCCCCGUUUCCAGGACAUUUCUGGGAAGUGUAAGCGAUUACUGCGCUAAUCAUGCAAAAACUCCAGUCCUGAUCGUGAAAACACCCGCGGACGAUAGCGACAAGCAAUGA